AUGAAGGACGAUUAUUGCUGGGGUGGCCCCCCUCAUAUUGACUCUAUCGACUUUCUUCAGACCCAAAUCUGGGCUGAUGACGACCGUCGCAUAGGCUACUUUCUCUCCAACUCCUUUUUUAAGACGACUGGGCUUUCUACUAUGCGACGAGAGCUGAUAGAAUAUCUCAGAGCUUCCUCUUACUGGAUCUCGGUGAUCUGUGGCUACUUUGAGCGUGUCUUGAAUGUGGAUCUUGGAGGCCUUUCUGACGAACAUCUCCCCUUCAUCCUCAAAGAAUUCAUAGAGUUCCAGGAGUUGCGCUUUAACCAAAACGACGACUCUCGCGACCACAUGGCUUACGCACAGUUGACCUUGACCUCUUUUCGCUCUAAAAUCCAGAAGAUUCAAUCGGUAGCGUGGUUGGCCAAUGCUCCUGCCCGGCAAUUUUCUACACUGGAAGACGUUCUACUUCCUUAUGGUCACCCUGAUAUGGAAUACGAACUGGAGAAUAAUGACUCUGACGAUUGCAUGUCGGAUGAUAGUGACUCCGACUACGCUGAUGAGCAAGAUGAGCUCUUGCUAGAAAUUCAAGAACAUCUAAAGCUCUGGGAGUCAACUCAGCCUCCACCCCUUCUGGAGCCUAUAUUGACUUUGGACCGGUCCCUAAGCGAUAUUAAGGACCGUGCUGACCGGGUCUUUCGACGGAUUGUACCUUGGACCAGCACUCCAGCAGACACCGACACCCUAUAUCGAGAAAUCAACCUAGUUGUGGAUGAUUUGGUGUGGCUUCGGCGGCUAAAGCGAACAGUUUAUCGAAGCGCCACUUUUCAAGAGGAGUUGCAGAGCUCGGGUCUACAACGAUGGAUGUACGACUUUUGUCAACCAGGAAAUCUUAUUGAGUUUGACCACCAUGGUCUUCUCUUGCCUUUUUUCCGGCGGUAUAACUGGAAGCUAGCAUAUAUUUUGCUUCUGCACUGUUGGGACGGCUCUCCCAAUACCUUCCCUGACAAGUCCCGGGCCAAGACCGCCAUCCGGAUUGACCCCGCCAAGGGAAAUGCCCAAUUCGUCCCAAACCUCCUUCAAUUCAUCAGUGACACGGAAGAAAUGAAACCGUGGACGUAUAAUCCCAUGGCUGCUUUUACGUUUAUGUCUCAAGCCGCUUUUGUUCUCAACUGGCGCCGAUGGAUUAAACCUCAUCUCAAGGCCUGUACGCAGCGGUAUCCAACACGAGCUCGGUGGAAGUUUGACCCCGAUGUAUGGAACCCGGCUACUGUAUAUAACCAUAUCAUGAGCUAUAUGGUGGUACCGCGACCGGCACGAAAAGAUGUUCAUCCAGAUCAAGUAAUCCGAGACGAGGCGACCACUUUCAUUGAGAAACUCGACCCACGGUUGCGGACUAUAGCUACUGAGUCACUUUGGCAGCGUAGCGUCCUGAAUGAAGUCAGUGAAGAUAUAAAUCGGAAGGAACGGGCAAGACAGUCUAUGCAAAAACCAGAAGGGACCAAGCGAGAACGUUCCGACACCCUGGCCAUUAUCUCUGGCGCUCAAGGCCGAAGUUCCCGCAAGAGACAUCACCGUGAACAGCAGACCCGGCAGAUGACCAUCGCUGCAGACCAGCAGGAGGCAGGGGCCAAAUCCCAGAGUUUGGAGAUGGAUAGAGAUGAGGAUGAGGCCCAUACACCAUCCUGGUGGCGAGAUCGAUCAUGCCCUCAGUGUUUUCAGGGAGAUCCUUCCCAGUUUUGUGUUCGGAUGGUCGAGGUCAAACGAAAUCCAAAUGCCGACAAGUUUCUUGACUACGCUCUUACUCAUGCCAAGGGGAAAAGCCGUUUGCAGCCCCGGAAAUUUCUGACCAAGUCACGCGGAAAGCAAAAGCGACAGAAGUACAUCUCUCCUGACGAUCCUCGUCUUCAACUAAAGUACUAUCGUCGACGCCAUGAUGUGGCUCUCAAGUGUGGCCGGGAUAUUGUACGGUUCUAUUACCAAGAUGACGGGAAGUAUCGGCUUGUUGGAGGUGUUAACUUUUGUGCAUUCUCUGAAGACAUAAUGAAGAUUUUGAGAGAGAAUCACCGACUCGUACAGGUCAAUGGCAUCCGCCGCCGCGCAGCGAUGGAUAACUGGUCUCAUAUUGGUACUAUGACUGGAUAUGGAACACGACAACCAAAAGGUGGAGUUAAGGGCGAUAUUUAUAACGCAUAUGCCAAGCAUAGUGGAGCAACACCAGAAGAUCUUCUGGGUCUCAUGCGACAUGCCAUGACGUUAAACUUACUUGUCGAGGGCUCCCGCACUAUCUGGUCUGGUGCUCCUACUUAUUACAAAAAUCUCGUGGAAGAAUCCGAGUUGGCUUACUUAGGAAAAUAUGGUUUAACUGGGUAUCAUUGCAGUAACUUCGUCAGUUGCAUUCACCGUGACGACGACAUCGAGGGAGGGUGCCUUCAUCCCUGCUUCCAGCUUUCCAAGGAGAACUGCGGCCCCCAAGACUUCAACUUUGCAUACGUUGAGUGGGGUGUCGCAAUUGAAACCACUGCAAAUGCUUUGUGGUUGUUCGAUGGGCGUCAUGCUCAUGGCUCUAUCAUGCCUAGCGCAGAAGCUAUCAAUGCCGGCGCGCAAUCCGAGGGUGAUCAUGGGAGCAAUAACCGACGGAAUGUGAACCGGGCCCGUACCUGUCGAGAUGGACUCAAUCACUAUAAUCUUCGGAGCCAGGCCAUGUUAUCCAAUACUAGAUAG